AUGUUUCUCGUUGUGCUUUUACUUCAAGACAUGUGUUCCCCGUCCGAGAUUUUAAAAUCAUCCGAACCGUGCUGUGAACCGACUUGUGAGGAUGAUUGUCUGCAUGCAAUCUGCCGCCGUGCACCAAAUUCCGUCCCAGUACCGACGUGCGUUUGCCGGCAAGGAUACGUACGCCAUGGUGGGUCAUGCAUUCGGAAGGAAUCAUGUCCAUCACCGUACCCCGUGGCAACGUACGAUAUGUACCGUCCCAAGCAACACUACCCUACACCGCGCACUACUACCUUGCGAAAAUCGUGCGGUGUCAAUGAAAAACUUACCCACUGCAGACCAUCGUGCGAACCGACAUGUGAGAAGAACUGUACCGGCGUGAAGCACCCGGAAGUGUGCAUUCCCGAUACGAGUUGCGUCUGUAAAGAUGGUUUCGUGCGGCACAUGAGCCGUUGCAUCCCACGGUGUGACUGUCCCAGGCGCAACCCUUACCUAGCAAGGUCCAUGUCUGGCGAGUACAUCGACUUCGAUUACGUUUCCAUGGAGGCACUAAAAUCGGAUGAGGAUUUCAAUUAUAAAACACAAGCAGAAUUCACUAUGAAACGACCACAUAUCCCUACCUAUGAGCACAAGAAGUCGGCGAUGGCUCCGAUGUACUUUAGAACCAUGGUCAAUCCUUCAAACUCAGCUUCCGCGUCCGUUGAACACACUACCCACACUACAGAAAGGACCGCUCUCUAUCCUCCACUGUGUGCUUGUCACAGUGCAAAGAAAAUGAUGACACCGGCCUACUUGCCCCGUCAGGACGAUAACCUAUCGUACGAAAGCACCGAGGAAGAUUCGGACAUCGUACCGUACGCACCGCCUCCUUCCGUUGGACCGUAUAGGAAGACACCUUCGAUGAGCCUAUUUCCACCGAGCACUACACCUUCAGCAGGACAGUUUUACAUGCCGCGAAAAACGAUUCCAGCACCACCGCCAGUACAUCGGUGCGAUUUUAAUGAACCGCUGGAUCACUUUUGUGGUUCCGGGCAGCAAAGUUCGGACGCCCAGGACGAACCACGGAAAGCUCCCACGAUCUGGCCCCCGGUUAGCAGCUACAGUAACCGUUGCGCAUGUAGACGAAAUUAA